AUGCAGAAAUGCACAUUACCUGGUACCAUAGAGGGUAGGGGAGUAACUAUUCUCCGAGAUUCCGCUUGCACCCAAACUGCAGUAAAUUCUAAAUGUAUUCCGGAGACUUGUUAUUUACCUGAGGAAUUUAUAACAGUCCGGGGUAUAGGUGGCGAAAUCACAGUUCCCUUAACUAAAAUUAAUUUGGACUGUACACUGAUAAAAGGGUUGGUUAAGGUAGCUGUGAUUGAUGGACUCUUACAUGACGUACUAUUAGGACAUGACUUGGACUCUUCAUGUAGUGAGGUAAUAGCGAAGGAAAUGUGUAUCCUGACUAGGGCCCAAGCUAAGGUACAACUAGAGGACUUUGACGAGGAUGACAGUUACCUGAUGUCAAUUACUGUUGAUGAGAUAACUAACAAUGAAUCUGAUUCAAAUAAACUUACGACCACUGAUGCUCCCAAAGUACAUAGGCCUCAACGGACAAAUGGCCAGGUAGAUGAGAAUGUUUCAUCGACUAAUGAGGAUACUAUAUAUACUGAAAUUAGUGACAAACCCCUACUGCUAGAUAUAGGUAGGGCCAAACUAAUUCAACUUCAAAAUGCUGAUCAUACGCUUAAGGGUAUCCGAGACAGACUUAUAGAUGAAGAUGCUAUAAAAGAUCAUAGGGUAGCAUUCUACAAAAAAGAGGGUAUUUUGUUUAGGAAAUGGCAAAAACGACCCAUUAGUGGGAAAAUUGAAAAUGUAAUUGACCAAAUUGUAGUACCAUCUGAAUGUAGGCUUAGCAUACUUCAAUUAGCUCAUGAUGCUCCUUUAGCAGGACAUCUAGGGGUGGAGAAAACUAAAGACAGAAUUCUCCAACACUUCUAUUGGCCAGGUAUAUUCAAAGAUGUUAGUGAGCAUUGCCGUACUUAUAAAGCUUGUCAAAUGAUGAACAAAGCUAAAACCAAAGUUAAACAUCCCUUAAUCCCAAUGCCCAUUAUUAAUAUCCUUUUUCGUAGAAUAGGUAUUGACAUUGUUGGUCCGCUAGCCAGGACUGUUAAACGAAAUAAAUAUCUCUUAACGAGUUGUGAUUAUGCAACUAAGUAUCCUAAAGCAAUCCCUCUUUCUAACAUUAGGGCAACCACAGUAGCUAAUGCCUUAAUUGAGGUUUUCAGUAGAGUAGGUCUACCUACCGAAAUAGUGCAUGAUCUGGGAACUAAUGUCAUGCCCGAAAUGAUGAAAUCUCUAUCUAAAACGCUGAGAAUAAAACAAAUUCCCACUACCCCAUAUCACCCACAAACAAAUGACUUGACCGAACGGUUCCAUGGGACUCUCAAAAAUAUGCUCCGAACACUAGACGAACAGAAAAUGAGACACUGGGAUGAUUAUAUACCUGCAUUUUUAUUCGCAUAUCGGGAGGUACCCCAUAAGUCUACAGGGCACUCUCCCUUUAAACUUCUCUAUGGUCGGGAAGUUAGAGGACCAUUAAGUGUAGUUAAGGCUAACUGGAUAUCCGAUGAAUCGGUUUCCCAAGAUGUAGCAAAAUAUUUGGUUACAAUGAGACAAACUAUGGCAGAUUUAAUGAAAGAUGCAAAUUGUAAUAUGGUUAAAAGUCAAAACACCAUGGCUGCGGCCUAUAACAAGAACGAAACUCUUAGGCAGUUUGAUAUAGGCGAUAAAGUAUUAAUUUUCUUACCACAGGGAAAUUCGAAAAUGGACAGUAAAUGGCAAGGUCCCAUUGUUAUCACAGAUAAAUUAAAUGAUGUAAACUAUGAAGUUACUCUACCUAAUAACAGAAAGAGUAAACGGGUGCUUCAAGUUAAUAUGUUGAAACCUUGGUAUGAAAGGGAUCAUGGUGAAAAGAUAGCCAUGUGUCAUUAUGUAUUCGCCAAUGUCAACUCACUUAAUGAACUUGACACUCACGAGAAUGACAUGGGCAUUGAGUUACAAUACUGUCAAACCCAAACAUGGGCAAACGUACUAAUUCUCGAUCGAGUUAAUGAUGAGCAAAAAGAUGAGUUAAAAGCACUAUUAUGUAAUCAUGCUAAUGUUUUUUCAGAUGUCUCAGGUAGGACAUAUUUGAUAACACAUACCAUUAAAACACAAGAAUCACCUAGCUCUGUUCGACAAAGGGCUUACAGGACUCCACACUCCCUUAAAGAAUUAGUAAAGAAAGAAAUAGACAGCAUGUUGGAAUUGGGAGUCAUUGAACCCACUACAAGUGCUUAUGCAUCUCCUAUCAUUGCCAUUAAAAAGUCGGCAACAGAAAUUAGACUAGUGACUGACUUCCGAGAAUUAAACAAAUGUACUGAGUUUGACCCAUAUGUUAUGCCUCGUAUUGACGAAAUUAUAGAUGAUGUAACCGAGGCAACAUAUAUUUCCACUUUUGAUAUAACUAAGGGUUUCUACCAAGUACCAUUAGACGAUAAGUCAAAACAUAAAUCUGCAUUUAUUACUCCCUUUGAACAGUUCUGUUACAACGUGUUACCAUUUGGGUUACAAAAUAGUAGCAGUACAUUCCAAAGACUGAUGGACAAAGUGUUAACUGGUUGUCAUAGCUACGCCAGAGCUUAUAUCGAUGAUAUAUGUACCUAUAGUCAAUCUUGGGAGGAACACCUUACUCACUUGAAUGAUAUAUUGGGUAGACUAGGUAAUGCUGGACUUACAGCUAAGCCAGUAAAAUGCAAAGCUGCACAGGCUACAGUAUCAUUUUUGGGUCAUAUUGUCGGCAAUGGAGAAAUAAAGCCUUUGGCAGAUAAAGUAGAAGCAAUUGUAAACUUUCAGAGACCACUAACUAAGAAACAUGUAAGAGCCUUUUUAGGAUUAAUGGGCUACUACCGGAAAUUUAUUAAAGACUAUGCUAACAUUUCUGCCCCACUUGUCAACCUCACUAAAAAGGACAAGUCCAAUACUGUGAAGUGGGACAGUGAUUGUAAUACGACAUUCAAUACUUUAAAGAAAAAAUAUCUACUGAUCCUAUACUUAAGGCCCCUGAAUUUACAAAACCAUUUACACUGCAAACUGAUGCUUCUGAGUUCUUCUGUCUUGGAGCAGUCCUAUGUCAAUAUGAUGAUGAUAAUGUAG